AUUUAUUAUACCGUUUUUUAUGAAAUAAGUCAUUUUCCUUAUUUUGCUUAUUGCUUUGAGUCGACAAACCUCUUUGUCUUCUAAAGUAGAUGCUGUGAUGGCACAAAUGGAUAAAAUGGCAAAUAAAAACGAAUUUUCAAAAUAAUUAGCUGGAUUAAUUGAACUUAAAAUGUUAUAAAGUUCAUAUGUAGAGGAAGUAUUAAAAGAAAUAAAAGUCAUCAGAGAUUAAUUAAUUGCAGAUUAAACUAUAGAAGAUUAAGAAUUUGCUAAAGUAAUGAAUCAAUAUUGAUAAUAAUUUAGAAAAUUGGAUAAUUGAAUGUUGAAAUUGAAAUUUUAGAAAUCUAAACAGAAAAAUUAGCUAAAGAAUUAUAAAGACUUAAUUAAUAAAUAGCAGAUUUAAAUGAAGAUAUUAGCAAAUUAAUUGGUACAUAAUAAUCUUAAGAGAAAUAAUUAUCAACUUUGAAUUCUAAAGAAGAAGAUAUUAGAAAUCAAUAUAAAUUAGAAAUAGAUAGUAUUUCAGUAAUUCUCAUAUAUAUUUAUAUAAUUAUAGUAAAGAACAACUAAUAAUAUUAAAUCAAUUGAUGGAUUAAAUGAAAUGAUUGUCAAAUUAUAAUAGGCUGUAUUUGCUGAAUAAAGUAAGACAACAAUCCUAUCAUAAUAACAUACUAAAUAAUAUGUUGAUUAACUUAGUAAUUCUUUAGGUCCAAAUCAUCCAAUUACAGCACUUGUUUCAGUAACAACUAAGUAUUUUAAUCUAUUAUUUUAGAUUUGAUGUUCCAACUGUUACUAGAAUUAUUUAAUUACUUGAAAACAUUAGAGAUCAAAGAAUUUAAGAAAAUGCUGGUGCAGAUGAAUAUGUUACUAAAAUUACAUAAUCAUAUCAAAUUACACUUAAAGAAGUCACUGAAGUUAGAGAAAGACUCAGUGCUGAUUAUUCAAGAACUAUUGUUACCUUAAAAAGAAGAAAUGAAGAAAAUGUAUCAGUACUAUUUAUAUUAGACAUUAUCUACUAAAAGCAGAAAUUAAAUAUAAAAAGAUUUACCUAUUGCAUUAGAUUUACUCUAAUAAUAUAGAAAUGAAAGAGAAAUUGUUCAAUCUAAUUAUAAUUUAAGAACUGCAAAAAGAGAAAAUGAAGUUAAAAUUAUAACUUAAGCUUAUACUAUAGUUGCCUAAUAAGUUAAAGUUUGA